AUGACGAAGGAGACGUCAUCGUUCGGGAAGUGUCGCAACAAGAUGCACAGGCUGUGCCACCGCUGCGGCUCCAAGGCCUACCACCUGCAGAAGUCCACCUGCAGCAAGUGUGGCUACCCCGCCAAGCGCAAGAGAAAGUACAACUGGAGCGCCAAGGUCAAGAGGAGGAACACCACCGGAACCGGUCGCAUGAGGCACCUGAAAAUUGCGUACCGCAGAUUCAGACAUGGAUUCCUUGAGGAAACAAACGCUUAA